GCCAAAAAAUAAAACAAAGCACUGAGCUCGCUGCGAAAAUAAAUAAGCGGGCAACGUAAAUAGAAGAGCGCCAAAAUAUGCAAGCGUCGAAAUUUAUUAAAAAAUAAUAGAAAAACCGUCGAAUUCCGUCGCGAUUAUCCGGAGGACGAGAGCAUCUUGUCCGUGCUGAGGGUGGACAUUAAAGUGUGUGCCUUAAGUGAACCAUAAAUUUGUGCAAAAGGAUGUUGCAUUAAAAGUUGUCGGUCCUGCUUAACUUACGGGUUAUUCGAUGAAGUGAUUGAGGAACAUCCUUUAAGCUUCAAUCUGAACCUGCAGCUCAACCAUUUAUAAAAGUUUAAAAACAAAAAGCGUAAACGCAGAGGCUAAUUGUGAAAGCGAAAAACUGUGAUAAAGAAGGCAUAAACAAAGGGGAAACACAGAAACUAAACACAGAAAUAGAACCCUCCUGCUGGCAGCAAAAUAAUAUACCAUUUUAAUAAAACUAAAACCCGAAGCAAAUUAAAAAGCAAGCGACGCCAAAUGCGGCACUAAAAGUAAUUAGCGACAGCAGCGGCAGGAGUUGGCAAUAAAAGCAAAGCAGAGGUGUAAUAAAUGAUGUUGCAAUCCUUGAGUCUGCACGCGGAUAAACUCAGCGGCAAUUCACCAGCAGCAGCAGCAGCAACUGGAGCACCAGCAGCAACAUCAGAGGCAACAACAGCAGCAGCAGCAGCAGCGGCAGCAGCAACAACAAUGCUUGCAACGGCACCUGUUGCCCAUGUUGCUAAUGGCAGCAACAGCAAUUCGAGUGCCGGCAGCAACAGCAGCAGCAGCAGCAACAACCACAGCCUCUACAGCAAUAACACUUUAAAUACAGGCAACAAUAGCCAGCUGCAGCAGCAGCAACAACAGCAGCAACAUCCGCAGAUACUGCCGGUCAAGUACGAGUAUUUAGAGAAUCUAACGAGCUCGGCUGCAACUUCAGGUGCCAUUGCAGCGACAACAACUUUCACGGGAGCUGCAAAAAGUUUUCAUCCCUAUUUGCGGCCCACCAACAGCGGCAGUGGCAACAGCAGCAGCAGCAGCAACAACAGCAGCAACAACAGCAUUGCAGCGUUAUCUACAACAACGGCUAAAAUGUCGACUACAUUGUUUGAGACACUGCUGCACAACCAAAUAAAUUCCAGCCCAAUAGCACUGCCAUCGGCAACGGCAAUCGCAGCAAUAUCUGCAGCGGCAACAGCAGCAGCAGCACCACCACCAGCAACAGCAACACCAGGCACCGCAGCAACCGCAGCAGCUGCAGCAGCAACAGCAGCAGCAGCAGCAUCAACGCAGCUGAAUUCCAGCAUUAAUUCCAGAACUUCAUUAGGCGACCAGGGUGGUGCAAUUGUUGUUGUUACCCCCGCACCACCCGUUGUUGCACCACCACCGCCAUCUGGCGGCCCAAAUCGCACCCAAAGUCCCACGCGUGACUCGAUCAAAAUGGAGCUCAUGGAAUCGAACAGUCCGGAUUCGAUCAAGGAUCAGCCGGAUGCGGACAACAUCAAAAUGUUCGUGGGCCAAAUACCGAAGACCUGGGACGAGACGCGGCUUCGCCAAAUGUUCGAGCAGUUUGGACCCGUGCACACACUGAAUGUCCUGCGGGACAAGGUCACAUCGAUUAGCCGAGGGUGCUGUUUUGUCACCUACUAUACUAGAAAGGCCGCCCUGCGCGCCCAGGACGCGUUGCACAACAUCAAGACCUUGGAUGGGAUGCACCAUCCCAUUCAGAUGAAGCCGGCGGAUAGUGAGAACAGAAAUGAACGCAAACUUUUCGUUGGCAUGCUGAACAAAAAGUACACCGAGGCCGAUGUGAGGCAGCUCUUCACGGGCCACGGAACCAUCGAGGAGUGCACGGUGCUCCGGGAUCAGGCUGGUCAGAGCAAGGGCUGCGCCUUCGUCACAUUCGCCACCAAGCAGAACGCCAUCGGAGCUAUCAAGGCCCUCCAUCAAAGUCAGACCAUGGAUGGCUGUUCAGCUCCGCUGGUUGUAAAAUUCGCGGACACGCAAAAGGAGAAAGACCAAAAGAAGAUGCAACAGAUUCACGCGUUCUGUGGCAUCAAUACGCCGAGCGGUGCGACAGCAGGUGCGGCCACGCCCACCAUUAAUGCUGCAACGGCUCUCAUAGCCGCUCCGCCCUCGGCGGGACGUCCCAAUCCGUCGAUGGCGGCCGCACUGGCGGCAGUGCCUCAGGUUCAGCAGGCUGGCUCUGCAGCAACGGCACCAACCACCCUCGUUCCCCUGAACUCCACCAGCGCCCUCAGUGCGUCCUUGGCGCCCAAUCUCCUCGCCACCAACGCCGCCCACCAGGGGGCGGCAGCAGCGGCCGCCUAUUUGGGGGCGGAUCCCGCUGCGGCGGCCCACCUUCAGCUGUACCAACAACUUCACGGAUACGGACUCAGUCCGGCACACUAUCUGCCAGGACUAAAUUUCCACCACCCACCGGAAAACAGUGCCCACCACAGCCAGCACAGUCCCAGCAUCGGCGCCGCAUCAGCAGCAUCUCUAUCGGCUGCAGCAGCCACAGCAGCAUCUAACCCACUUGGCGGCGCACCACCACCCACACCCACACCAACACCCACAAGUGCCGCCGGGCAUGCUGCUGGCGCUGGACUGCUCGCCGCUCCAUCCAUGUCUAUGCAGAAUCUGGUAACCCUACUAGCCACGCCCUCCGCCCACCACCAGCUGUCCCUCCACCACAGCAGCAGCAGCGCCACCAGCGGCCACAACAACAGCAGCAGCGCCACCAGCGGCCUCCACAACCAGCGGCUGACCUUCGCGGCCGCCCCACCACCACCCAUCGCUACCACCUACAACAUGCCGCAGCUAAUCGGUCACCCGGCCACGCCCACUCAGCAGGGGGGCGGGGGCCAAUCGCUGACCUUCAAUGCGCUGUGGCCUCCCAAUGCCGCCGACCCCUACUCAUCCUCCCUGAGCGGACUGACAAAUGGAGCCGCCUACGGAGCCGCAUCUCAACCUCUGACCCCCAGCGCCAUUCAAGCGGCAGCUGCCGGCGUGGCUGGCAAGCAGAUCGAGGGUCCCGAUGGCAGCAAUCUUUUCAUUUAUCACCUACCUCAGGAGUUCAUUGACACAGAUCUCGCGUCGACGUUUCUGCCCUUUGGCAAUGUCCUUUCGGCCAAGGUGUUCAUCGAUAAGCAGACCAACCUGUCGAAGUGCUUCGGCUUUGUGUCCUACGAUAAUCCACACUCGGCCAACGCGGCCAUCCAGGCGAUGCAUGGCUUUCAAAUCGGCACCAAGCGGCUGAAGGUUCAACUUAAACGUUCCAAGGAUGCGGCCAAGCCGUACUAGGCAGCUAAGAAAUGGGCUAGAAUGGCUUAAUGGCUUCAAUGGGCGUGGCCAAGAAGGCACCCAGCACACCAACAAUUCACAAAUAAUGGAAUGAAACUAGUUUAAAUAAUUGUGCCUUUUAAGCAACGUUCUGAAACCAAAGGACCAAUUACAAAAAUGUAUCUGAUAAGUGAACACAAAACUAGAGAUAAAUGGAAAGCUUACAAAUAAAGCUCUCGAGUGCACAAAAACAAACCGCAAAAA